UUCUGUCCUCGUUUAAUCACAAUGGCCACAAUAACUUAAAAAUUGCAUCACUCUGCGUUCAGUGCGUCUAUUAUGUAUAGUUGGAAUUCGCGCAUGCGCGGUUAGAUAAAGAUAGAGACGGACCACAAGCCGUUGUCUCUUUUUGUUGCACUAUCGCUUUCUCCGCCCAGUUCCAUGGUUUAUUCUUAUAUGUCUAUGAUUUAGGGGGUAGACAUGAAAGGCUGCAUAUGGAAAUUACAAAAAUUCUAAAAAAUAUCAUUAAAGUUCAACUGGGCAAUGCCACUCCGAGGGGUCAAUUCGGUUCAACGAGUAAAGAAACUCAGAGUCGCUGAAAGGUAUAUCAUUAUUAAUGUUACAGUGCAUGUACACCUGUCAAGUUUCCAAUAAGGCUGCCUGGUCUCAGACAACCUCUCAUUACUUAGUAACAUUGCCGCUAUAGGCGGUUCUUUUACUGGAUUUAUUACAUGGGUCGUCCCUUUUGAGUAGGGGUAUCUAUCUAAGCCAAUCAGAAUACGGGUAUAGUUUACUUCGAGGGUCGUAGGAGACUUUCCCUUGAGUCUUCAACGAUCCUGCAAGUGGAUAGAAUCUUAGCUGUGACACAAGUGCAUGAACCGUAAAAUGUAGCACCUGAAAUUAAAUCUUUCUAAAAUUUCACUUAAGCAGUAACGUAUAAAUUUGGCAUUGUGUUUUCGGUUGCGGUUCGUUAUCAAUACAUCAACUGUUUAUCUUAACUCUGGCAAUCGUAAAGAACAUUUUAAGUUGCCAACUUUACAAUCAAGUAGUUUCGAGUGAUUUCGAAAGUUCGUGAAUUCAGCAUGGAUAUGCUAGAUGCUAUUAAAGUGUUAACGUGGAACAAGUGGGUGCUGGAAUUUUUAGGAAUUUGGCCCUUUAACGAAAGUCAUCUUAUUUUUUCCUUCUUUUUCUUUCUUAUAUCAAGUGCUACUUGCUUAGUUUACGCGGAUUUAAUUCAUCGUUUCUCGGAUUUUAAAUAUAUAAUUGAAAAUUUAACAGAAAGCAUAGUCAUGACGCUGGUGUGUUGUAAAAUUGGCCUGUUCAGAUUGAACAGGAGGAUACUCAACGAAAUAGUGCUCGAUAUUAAGGAUGAUUUUGUAAAAGACUUAUAUGAUACAGAGGAGCGGAAAUCUAUUUUUUUAUUCUACAACAAAUUGUCCAAGACGUUCGUGAAAUUCUCAAUAGGAAUAACUACCUUUUCAACGAUACUUUACUACGCCCAACCAUUAAUUGACCAUGUAAUGUCAUACAGAAAUUUCACAGGAAAUUCAUCAGCUGCUUACGUUCUGCCUGUUCACAUCCGCAUAUUCUUCAACAUUACGGAAUUGCCAUUGUAUUAUACUAUAUACGCUUACGAAGGAAUACUCGUUCCUAUAGUCGCAUGUGGAUAUGCCGGCACGGAUUGUCUAUUGGUGACACUGACGCUACAUUUGUGUGGACAGAUGUCCGUCUUAGCGAAUCAAGUGGAAAAUGUUGUCGGGGACUUGCCUAGUUUUCCUAAACAAAUAAGAUACUUGGUCAUCAGGCAUUCUCGAAUAAUAAGUCUCUCGGUAAAGUUACGUACCGCGUUUGCUUACUUUCUGCUCGUACAAUUAGUGGGCGCAACUUUAGUAGUAUGUUUGGCUAUUUAUAAUAUUCUGACGAAUUAUGCCACAGGUCUCAUUGCUCAAUUAUUAACCUCUAUCUUCUAUGGUUUUACUGUGACUGUGCAGCUUCUCGGUUAUUCUUUUAUCGGAGAACGCCUUAUGACUGAGAGCUUAAAGUUGAGCGAUGCAUUUUACAAUUGCAAAUGGUACGUUUUGUCACCGAUGUACGUCAAUCUUAUUUCAUUUUGUAUACUACGCGCGCAAGUGCCACUUGUAUUAACAGCUGCAGACUUUUAUACAUUUUCCCUGCAAAGUUUCACGGAU